AAAGUAAUGGAUUAUUCUAUAAAUGCUACAUAUUUUACAUUGGAGGGACAUGUGGAUUUAGAACAUUACAAAUAUGUUUAUUUUAUAUUUACUCUCAUCAUCUAUAUAAUGAUUAUCUGCUUUAAUACUGCUAUAAUUUUAAUCAUACAAACAAACAAACACCUCCAUGAGCCCAUGUACAUUUUCAUUGCUGCUUUGCUUUGCAAUGCUCUCUUUGGUGCAACUGCUUUUUAUCCUAAACUGCUCACUGAUUUACUGUCUGAAAAACAAAUUGUCUAUUAUGAAGGGUGCUUAGUUCAGGCAUUUUGCAUAUACACAUAUGGUGAGUCAGAGUUCACCCUGUUAUCAGCUAUGGCCUAUGACAGAUAUGUGUCCAUCUGUAAACCAUUACAUUAUGCAACUAUUAUAAAAACAUCCACUGUCAGAAAACUAAUAUUUUUAUCAUGGUUUUUACCAUGCUGUGAAGUUGGUAUAUCUGUUAUUUUAACAUCCCGACUUCAGCUGUGUAAAUAUAAAUUAAAUAGAAUAUAUUGUGACAAUUUCUCAAUUGUUAAAUUAAGCUGUGGUGAAAUAUCUAUGAAUAACUCUUGGGGACUUUUUAUUUUCAGCAUUGCUGUGUUUCCUCCAGUGAUCUUCAUAAUCUACUCGUACAUUAGGAUACUUGCUGUCUGUUUAAAUAAUUCUAAAGAUUUCAGAAAAAAAGCUCUACAGACCUGUUUACCACAUCUUUUCAUUUUCAUAAAUUUUUCUGUCAAUGCAUGCUUUGAAAUUAUAAACAACAGACUGGAGUCAAAGCAAAUUCCACACAUUAUUGCCAUGAUCCUCUCAGUUAUACCUUUUGUUAUUCCUCCUCUAAUUAAUCCGAUAAUAUAUGGAUUAAAACUGCAGGAGAUUUUUAAUUGUUUUAGGAGAUUGAUGUCUAGCAAAAAAAGGUCACACAUUUCCUUUUAA